AUGUACCCCGAUGAUAAACAAAAGAAGCUAAAAGACGAUCCAAAUAGAUCAUCAAGAAAAUCUUGCACUCAUUUUCAAGAUAUUCCAAAUGAAAUUAUCUAUGACAUAUUCGAAUUUCUUGAUGUUUAUCAUAUGUACACAGCUUUCUUUAAUCUUAAUAUACGUUUUCAAAAUCUCCUUACUGAUUCAAAUCUUCCCAUCAAAAUUAAUCUCUCAUUAACGUCCAGAUCGACUUUUGAACAUCAAUACAAACAUCUUAUUAUGCUUAAUAAACAUCGAAUAAAUUCACUUCGUUUAUCAAAUCUAUUUACUAUCGAUGUGAUUUUUUCACCAAUUCGAAUUGUAUCAAAAUUGACACGUCUUCAAGCUCUUCACAUAAAUAAUAUUCAAUCCGAAUAUGUUGAAAAACUUCUAAAAUAUUUAGCAUCUUUAUCAUGUCUCUCUUCAUUGAUUAUCAUUGUUAUCGAUUGCGUUGAAAAUAAAAAACAACUUUAUCGUCGAAUAUUUCGUCUACCCGUAUUGAAAUAUUGCAAAAUAACAAUGACAAAAUUUGUUGAAUCUGAACCAUUAUCCAUUGCAAUUAAUAAAUAUAGUUCUAUUGAGCAUCUUGUUAUAAAUAAUGGUUGUUAUUUGCAUGAGCUUAUUUCUCUUUUAUCAUAUAUUCCACAACUUCGUCGUCUUUCAUUGCGUGAUCUAUAUGGAACUUUCAUUGAACAAACAAAAUCACAUUCAAUUGUGUUUAACUAUUUGACACAUAUUUCUAUAAAUAAAACAAAUAUGACUUUUGAUGAACUUGAAUUAUUGAUUAAAAAUCAUUUUCCACAAAUUCAAAGCUUGUAG